GAUGCGCGUGAGGCGGAAAGAAAGGCGGCGCUUCACCUGAACGAACAUCUUCAUCAUCAUCCUCCUCAUGAGUGAGUGUGUCAUGUUUCUUCAAGAAGACAUUGAUCUUCUCUUGGAAUGUGUUUUAUAACUUCUUCGUGUGAUAAGUCCGCCUUUUUUGUGGAGACUUGCUGGAGAGGAUACUCUGUUGACAUGUGGUAUGUGUCUCAUGUGUCAUGGCCACACUGGUCGGAAAAGCCUCUUAUCCAUAAGAUGUGGAUGUAAAGGACAUUUUAAACUCGUGAAAAAAGAAGGAGGGAAACUCAUGAAAUAUAAGCUAUGGUGAUUCCAGCACUGCUUGGUAUCUACUCUUACGUACUGAAUCUAUAAAAUUACAGAUCCACAUCACCUUCGUUACUGGAUGAGCUCUUGCCAAAUGUACUUUAAGAAGGAAUAUCUCAAGUCAAACCUAAAGGAUUGUGUAAAUCCAAUUUGAAAGUGAAUGAUUCAGUGUUUAACAGCCAUGAAUUGGAAAAUCAGUUGAAAGUGCUUAGACCUGGGAGGACUUGUGAGGUAAUAUACUGAUGAAUAUGCAGGAGGUAUUGCGGUCUGAUAUGCCCAGAAAACCUCAUACAUUUGAUAGCUUCACAUCCUUAUGUGGCUUGCUCUUCGGAAUAGUGUUUGCAAGUACAUCUGCUUGUCCGUCCAGCUGUCACUGUACAGAAAAGAGCGGCAUGACCGUGGUCCAAUGUAUGUCUCAGAACUUGGAGAAAAUCCCAUCAGAUCUCCCAAGUGAUACCGUUGCUCUGAUUCUGGCAUCCAAUCACAUUACUAAAAUACCCAACCAUGCCUUCAAAGAGCUGAACUACCUUCAGGAGUUGGAUCUGUCGAAUAACGACAUUGAGACCGUGGACGUUGCAGCGUUUCAGGGUGUCACAGACAGCCUCAUUGUUCUGGAUCUUGCCAACAAUCGUAUCCACAGUGUCCCAAAAGAGGCAUUUGCCCGUCUCAAAGCCAAAAUCAACCUUUCAAAUAACCCAUGGCACUGCGAGUGUGUAUUACAGGAGGUUCUAAGGGAACUGAGGCUGGACCCAGAGUCGGUGAACGACGUGGUUUGCCACACAGCCGUGCAGGAGGAAUACGCGGGCAGGUCUGUAAUACAAGUUCUGGAUUCAGGGAUUAACUUCUGUAACUUUCAUCACAAGACGACAGAUGUUGCAAUGUUCGUCACCAUGUUUGGAUGGUUCACAAUGGUGAUUGGAUAUGUCGUCUACUAUGUGAGACACAACCAGGAGGAUGCCAGGAGGCACCUGGAGUAUCUCAAAUCAUUGCCCAGUAGCUCUCAGAUUACUAAGGAUUUUGACACCAUCAGCACUGUUCUCUAGCAGGGGCACCCACGACUCAAGUGUGUCUUUGUCUUGAAAUAUGUGUAUUUUGCCUAUUUAUUUUGCUUUUUGUAUGGUAUUGUAUUGUUUCUUGAUUUAAUUGCUAAUACUAAUGGUUUUGUUCAGUCACACCAAUUAUGCUGCUUUUUGACAAAGCUCAAAUAUCUGUGACAGUGUGAAGUGAUAAAUGAGGUGUCAGGUGACAUCAUCGUGUCAUUUGCAUAAUUACACAUGACGCAUGUGCAUGUCAUUUUUACGACGCUGUGAGACACAAAAAGUGAGCAAAAAAAACAAUGAAAAGUCAAGCAAAUAUUUAGAAAUACAAAUGAACUUUGAACUUUUUGUUGCGUCGUUUUGUGUUUCUUGUAUGUCACAAACAAGACGGAGCCGCCUGCGAGAGCGAUACACCUUUACAUGAUAAGUCACUAGUACUCAACACAAGUUGCUAAGUUGGCAACAUUGAUCCCUUCUGCUACGCCUUCUUAUUCUCUGACAGACCAGGGGCCUCAUCUAUAAAAGUGCGCGUGGAAAUGUGAAUAAAAGUCUGCGUAAACCAGAAACCCAAAAUGUGCGUACGGACAAAAAUAUUCAGACCUAAAAAAAAAUGCCAUAUGCACACAUUCUUGCAAUUUGUGCUUCACCUGCUGCCCAAAUGUGCUUACACAACUCCACCCCACGUCACGCCCUCUCCACGCCUUCAAUUCAACAAUAAAUGGUCAAUGCAAAUGGCUCAUGAAUGCGGCGUCCAUAUUUAAUGACCCUUGAUUGCAUUACCCUCGGUUCUUCUGAACCAUGGCUGCUGAGAAGACGAAGGUGAAGGAGCGGAACUUCACCGAGACUGAGGUGGAAAUCUUAGUUGCAGAGCUGGAGGCCCAUAAAAAAUAAUAUUUGGAGGACACAGCAGUGGCAUUACGAACAAGAGGAAGAUGAGCGAGUCCACUGUCGGCAGCGUCAGUGGAACGACGCACAGAAAAAAGUGGUCGGAUAGCAGGGCACACAUUUCCAUUUUUUGUGAGCAUGUUUCUACAUCGUUCCUAAUUGAUACCACAUUUUAGAUGAAUUUAAGCUUAGCAAAAUUAGUUUCAUUUAAAGGUGGACGCAAUGACUCAAAACGGGGAAGUAGUUAUGUCGAAAAUUAAUUGCAUUUGCAUGUAAUCUCAAGACCUUUGAGGUGAAAGGACAAUUACUAUUUUACUUUGGAUCUGUCCUGAAUGGACAUAAAAGAUAAUAUGUCAAAUCAGAAUCUUUUGUUUUUCAAAAAAAAGUUCUGAAAGCUUUUUCUUUGAUGAAUUUAUAUGAAACAAAUGUGUGAAACAAUACUGCUUGUUAUGCCAAUUUACCAAUUUGUUUUUAUUUUAGUGCGGUCAAAUGUAAGUUAACUAUUCAGUGUUACCUUGUAUUGUGACUUUAUGCCAUGUUACGCUGAAAAGUAACGAAGUAGCAUUUUUCGUGAGUAAAUGAGGCUUUAAUCAAAAUGUACGACACACUGAACUUACAACACUUCAAACGAACAUCCAUGUCAAUGCACCUUGACAAAUUUAACAUUCCAUUUAGAUGCAUUUAGAGCCAGUCAGGGUUUUAUUGCAUUCGUUUAUUUGUGACCCAUAUUAAUCACAGACAAUCAUGUGGU